AUGAUCCACCGCCGGCUCUUGGGCACGUCAACCUCGGCACCGGCGGGCGACCGAGCAGCUCAGGAGCAUGGCUCAUCAAGCCCGAACGCGAUGAAGAUCAUGGUAUCCGUGAUGGUGGUGGUCAUCUUCUGCACACUCUUCUACUGCAUCUACUGCUGGCGAUGGCGGAAGCGCAACGCCGUCAGAAGAACUGAGGCCCAGAGCCUGCAGCGGAUGUCGAGCUCGGAACUGCCGCUCAUGGACCUCGCCUCCAUCCACGUCGCCACCAGCAACUUCUCCACCGCCAACAAGCUCGGCGAGGGUGGCUUCGGCCCUGUCUACAGAGGUGUGCUGGCCGGCGGCGCAGAGAUCGCGGUGAAGCGGCUGUCAGAGCGGUCGCGGCAGGGCGCGGCGGAGUUCAGGAACGAGGUGGAGCUGAUCGCCAAGCUUCAGCACCGCAACCUGGUGCGGCUGCUGGGCUGGUGCGCCGAGGGCGACGAGAAGCUGCUUGUGUACGAGUACCUCCCCAACCGCAGCCUCGACGCCUUCCUUUUCGACAGCAGCAUGAGUGCCAAGCUGGACUGGAAUACCCGGCACAACAUCAUCCUCGGCAUUGCCCGUGGGCUGCUCUACCUCCAUGAAGACUCGCUGCUCAAGGUCGUUCACAGGGACCUCAAAGCCAGCAACGUGCUCCUCGACAACAAGAUGAACCCCAAGAUCUCCGACUUCGGCCUGGCUAGGAUUUUCAAGGAGGAGUGCAACGCGGUGAACACGGGACGCGUCGUCGGAACCUAUGGAUACAUGGCCCCGGAGUUCGUGAUGGAGGGCGUCUUCUCGGUGAAGUCGGACGUGUUCGGCUUCGGGGUCCUCCUGCUAGAGAUCCUGAGUGGGCAGCGGAACGGCAUAGGCUACCUCGAGGAACACCAGCAAUCCCUCAUCCAAGACGCGUGGACUCUGUGGGUUGAAGAUAAGGCAGGUGAGUUCAUGGACCGGGCGCCGGGGCUAUCAUGCUCGGACGACGAGGCAUGGCGUUGCUUCCAAGUCGGCCUCCUCUGCGUGCAAGAUGACCCCGACGAUCGGCCGACCAUGUCCAGCGUGCUGCACAUGCUCGUCAGUGACCAUAUGAGCCUGCCUACACCGUCUAGGCCGAUGAGGAACGUCCCGAUGUCAGGGCCAUCAUCCGCGCGGAAGAUCAGCGACCCAUCCUUGUCCCUCAAGUCGAUCAACUACGCCUCGAUCACUGCCGUCCAGCCGCGAUGAGG